CUACCGCAUUCAGGUUUUCGCAUGCCGACGGCGCACAGCUUCGUGACUAAUAAGACGUAUCGCAUCGCAUACGUCAUGAACUUGCCAAACCGAAUUAUCAUACUACUCGCUAUUAUUUUCGCCGUUCUCUGCUUCACGACAUCCACGACUGAUGCCGAGCGAAAUAUUGGUGUUUGCAUGCGAAAUUGCGCGCAAUGCAAAAAAAUGUUUGGCCCUUUUUUCAUCGGCACCAAGUGCGCAGAUUUCUGUGUGAAAUACAAGGGUAAGCUCAUUCCGGACUGUGAAGAUGAGUUCUCGAUUCGUCCCUUCCUUCAAACGCCCGAGAACGAUUAUUAAUCCUCACAGAAUCUAUCGAAGCUUUUCGGCUCUCUCUUUCGCAUCAUAAUGUUAAUCACACGCGAUUGUGCAUAGUAGAAAAAUAUGAAUUACAAAUGUAAAUU